AUGAGACUUGGAGUUUCUAUAAGCAAAAAACAAACAGUUCUCUCGUUUGGAGCAAUGCUGAAAUUCCAAGAGGCUGCUAAGUGUGUAAGUGGAUCAAUAGCUGUUUCCACAUGUCCAAAGUCCUUGAUCGCGAGAAGAUACAUGCUUCAACAGAAACUUGGCAGCGGAAGUUUUGGAACCGUCUAUCUGGUGUCAGACAAGAAAGCCAAACAAGGAGAAGAAUUAAAGGUACUGAAGGAAAUCUGUAUUGGAGAACUCAAUCCAAAUGAGACUGUGCAGGCCACCUUGGAGGCCCAGCUCCUUUCCAGGCUGAAUCACCCAGCUAUUGUCAAGUUCCAUGCAAACUUUGUGGAGCAGGAUAAGUUCUGCAUUAUCACAGAGUACUGUGAGGGUCGAGACCUGGACUGUAAAAUUCAAGAAUAUAAAGAAGUUGGAAAAACCUUUCCAGAGAGUCAGAUAAUAGAAUGGUUUAUCCAGCUGUUGCUGGGAGUUGACUACAUGCAUGAAAGGAAGAUACUUCAUCGAGAUUUGAAAUCAAAGAAUAUAUUUCUGAAAAAUAAUAAACUUAAAAUUGGGGAUUUUGGAGUUUCUCGACUCCUAAUGGGAUCCUGUGAUCUAGCCACCACUUUAACUGGAACUCCCCAUUAUAUGAGCCCGGAAGUUCUGAAACACCAAGGCUACGACACAAAGUCGGAUAUCUGGUCCCUGGCAUGCAUUUUGUAUGAGAUGUGCUGCAUGAAUCAUGCGUUCACUGGCUCCAAUUUCUUAUCCAUUGUUUUAAAAAUUGUUGAAGGAGACACUCCUUCUCUCCCUGAGAGAUACCCAAGACAGCUGAAUGCCAUUAUGGAAAGCAUGUUGAACAAGUGUCCUUCAUUGAGACCAUCUGCAAUAGAAAUUCUAAAACUUCCUUACAUUGAUGAACAACUACAGGACCUGAUGUGUCGGUAUUCAGAAAUGGCCCUGGAAGACAAGAAUUUGAAUAGUCAGGAGGAGGCAGCUUAUAUAAUUAAUGCUGUGCAUAAAAAGAUUCACCUGCAGACCCUGCGGGCACUGUCUGAGGUGCAGAAGAUGACACCAAGAGAGAGGAUGCGGGUGAGGAAGGUCCAGGCAGCUGAUGAGGAGGCCAGGAAGCUGAAAAAGCUUGUGGAAGAAAAAUAUGAAGAAAACAACAAACGAAUGCAGGAACUGAGAUCUCGGAACUUCCAGCGGCAGACUGUGGAUGUGCUCCACGAAUUUGAUGACCCAGCUUCAGACAACCUGCCUGAGUCUCAGCCCAUUCCUUCCCUGGAUCUCCGCACCCUUGGGUCAAAUGUGGAGGACACCAUAGCUGACCUUGGAGAUCAUGAGAUCCCAGCAGACCCACUUGUGGCUGAAGAGUAUUAUGCUGAUGUAUUUGAUUCCUGUUCUGAAGAAAGUGAGGAGAGUGAGGAAGAGAAAACAGUAUUCUCAGUCAAGGAUGAAGAGGUUGAGGAUGAAGGACCCCAGCCUGUUUACAGGACAAACCAACAGGACAGUGAUACUGAAGCUCUGGCCAGGUGUUUGGAGCAUGUGCUGGGCUGCACCACUCUAGACACAAGGACUGUCACCAGCUCAGCUCCAGACACACCCUCGGAACCAACAAUUUUCAACAGUGCAAUGGCCAGGACCCGGAUGAAACACAUGCGGGAAUCCGCUGUGCAGAAGCUGGGAGCAGAGGUGUUUGAGGAGGUCUACAGUUACCUCAAGAGAGCAAGGCAGCGGGGAGCCAGCGAGGCAGAGGUCUGGGCAGCUCUGGAAACAGUGGUGCCUCGAGCCAGCGACUGUUUUGAGGUUGACCAACUACUCUACUUUGAGGAGCAGUUGCUGAUCACCAGGGCAGAAGGGGUCGAUCUUCCCCAGAACCAUCAUGAAGCAACUGUCAGAAGCAAGCGGGUCCCAGUGGACAAGGCGCCUGUGAAAAUCCAUCAGCACUGUCGCUGA